AUGACAGCGGAAAGCGAUCGGCAGCUGUUUUCGAGGUACGUUUUGGAAAUAUCUCAGGUGCAGCGAAAUCAUGUGGCAGAUAGGGUAGAGCAGCUUGCCCGCCACGAGAGCCUCACGUGGCAGUAUUUUGUUGGCUGCGUAGCUUUUUCUACUGGAAGUGUCCUGGCCGCAUUCAAAGCGUGGGGACCACGGCACAUUUUCAAGAAUAGCAUGUACUACGCGAGGCCCUUGCCUCCUGCCAUAAGUAUGGGAGUGGUUCUGUACGGAAUCACGUUCACGUGUCGAGGAAUGUUAAUGAGAAAUCGCAUUUGCAUCAUGAUAGAGGACUAUGAGUAUGAGUUAAAACGAGUGAAAGCGCAUCACUGCGAGGAGGGAGUGACGCAGCUAGCAUGGCUUGAAUUUGUUUUAGAUCAAGUGAGACAAGGGUCGGAGGGUCGCUUUGAUUUUCAAAAGCUGCGAGAGACCCCCGCAAUACGGUGA